GACCCAGCUGGGAUAUUUGACCUGAUAGAAGUGGUGGGAAAUGGAACCUAUGGACAGGUGUACAAGGGUCGACAUACAAAAACAGGACAGCUUGCUGCCAUCAAGGUGAUGAGUGUCACACCAGAUGAAGAAGAAGAAAUCAAACUAGAGAUUAAUGUACUUAAAAAGUACUCUCACCACAGAAACAUUGCCACAUAUUAUGGUGCUUUUAUUAAAAAGAUGCCUCCGGGUAAAGAUGACCAACAUGAUCAGCUAUGGCUUGUCAUGGAAUACUGCGGUGCUGGCUCUAUUACUGACCUGGUCAAGGCGACGAAAGGUGGAGCGCUCAAAGAGGAGUGGAUAGCUUACGUUUGUCGGGAGAUUCUCAGGGGUCUAUCCCACCUCCAUGCCAACAAAGUCAUCCACAGAGAUAUCAAAGGACAAAAUGUGCUGUUAACAGACAAUGCUGAAGUGAAAUUAGUUGACUUUGGAGUGAGUGCUCAGCUAGACAAGACCAUUGGUCGUCGGAACACAUUUAUUGGGACACCAUAUUGGAUGGCCCCAGAAGUGAUAGCGUGUGACGAAAAUCCAGAUGCCACUUAUGACAACAGGAGUGAUCUGUGGUCUCUAGGCAUAACUGCAAUAGAAAUGGCAGAAGGCAAGCCACCCCUAUGUGAUAUGCACCCAAUGAGGGCCCUGUUUUUGAUUCUCAAAAAUCAACCACCAAGACUCAAGUCCAAAAAAUGGUCGAAAAGGUUUCAAAAUUUUAUCGAAGUGACGUUGUACAAGGAUUACACCCAGAGACCAAACACUGAGCAACUGCUGAAGCAUGCAUUCAUACGAGACCAGCCCACAGAAAGGCAGGUCAGGAUACAGCUCAAAGACCACAUUGACAGAGCCAAGAAGAACAGAAAGACGACAGACCACGACACGGACUAUGAGAUGUACGAGGAGGAAGAAGACGAGGAAGAAAACGCAUUAGCUGGAGAACCAAGCUCCAUCAUUCAGAUCGGUCCUAGAGAGUCGACGUUGAAGAGGAAUUUUCAGAGGAUCCAAGAAAACGAGGGCAGGCUCACGCCGUCUCCCUAUGCAGUACCCCAGAGACAACAACAACAACAGCAGUUCUUCCCUAAUCCACAGUUACAACAACAACAAAUGCUCAGGCAACAACAGCAACAACAACAGCAGCAGCAACAGCAGCAGAGAGCACACCAGAUCCAGCAGGCUCAGUUUGCACAGAGGCCACAGAUCCAGAGACCCAACCAGCCCCAGAUGGGGGUGAUGCACCAACAACAGCAGCAGCCUUCAUCUUCCCACCACCAGGGGCAGCACCAGUCACAGCCACCACAACAAGCCAAGCAGUUCCCUGUGCAAUCUAGAGUUAUAGUUGUACCGACUCCACAACAGCAACAGCAAACUCCACAGCAGCAACAACAGGGUGCACACGCUGAUCUUUCACGCCAAGCGUCGGCACAACAGCGUGCACGUCCUGAGGUAAAGCACGUCCAAUCAGAGCCCAGCUUGAAGCUCUCUAAAUCUCAAGAGGACCUGGAUCGUCUUGCAGCUCAGCUGAAGGGGAUUGCCGCGGGCAAUGAGCGUGUUACCAGUGAUAUUCCUGAGGUCGUUGAUGAUGAUUCUGACGAGGAACCAGAGGUCAUUGGGGUCAGCAGUAGAGCCGGAGGCGAUGGGACGCUACUGGCUUCAGAACCUGCCAGGCCGCUUCCUGCAGGUGGCUACAACAGAGAUACACUAGAGACGCUAGAAUCUAUGAUAAUACACGAUGAUGUGCCUUCUACGCAAUCUUCCCCAGAAAAGCAGCCCAGCAGCUCCAAGAAUCAAGACAGAGAAGGCGAUGAUGGCACUCUUGUUGUGAGAAGGAAUCAGUCAGACACAAGAUUGGUUGAAGAACGCCAAAGACAGCACCAGCAACGAGCUGCAUCUAAACAACACAAUGACGUAAAGAGGACAGAAUCUAACCAAUCAAAUCAGUCGUCUCCUGGUAACUUGGGCACCCCAGAGCAAGCCCGUGCUAACAGCAGUAACGUUCUGCCAGAUCUUCUUCCCCAGCAGCCAGGGAACACCAGAGAAAGGGGAGGAUCAGCUCCUCAGAGACCACAGGAUAAGACAGUCUCAGAGGAGGAUGAUGAGGAUAUUAAUGUCAAAAUCACCUUCAAAGCCAAGUACCGUCAAGCAGUCAGUAAACCCCCUCCUCUUAACCGACAGGGCCGCUCGUUUACCGCAUUUGGCUUUGGAGCUGGUUCGUCCUCCCAGACGUCCACCUUAACGCCCCCUAGGAGAGGUUCCAGCGUCAACGUGAAUGUGACCCCAACAACUGUAGACAUCACCAGUGAUACGCCAGAGAUCAGGAAGUACAAGAAGAGAUUCAGUUCAGACAUCUUGUGUGCUGCAUUAUGGGGGGUGAAUUUACUGAUAGGCACAGAAAAUGGCCUUAUGCUGUUAGACAGAAGUGGCCAAGGAAAAGUAUACCAGCUGAUUUCUCGGAGGCGUUUCUCCCAGAUGGAAGUUUUAGAAGGGCAGAACAUUCUAGUCACAAUAUCUGGUAAAAAGAAUCGUCUCCGAGUUUAUUACCUGUCUUGGUUAAAGACGAAGAUAUUGAAGUCAGAUGGGACAGAGAAGAGAAAUGGUUGGACGAAUGUCGGGGAGUUGGACGGAGCAGUGCAUUUUAAAAUUGUAAAAUAUGAACGCAUCAAGUUUUUGGUGAUAGCCCUGCAACACAGUGUGGAAAUAUACGCAUGGGCCCCUAAACCUUACCACAAGUUCAUGGCAUUUAAGUCUUUUGGAGACCUGGCAGACAAGCCGGUGAUUGUAGAUCUCACAGUAGAAGAAGGUCAAAGGUUAAAGGUCAUCUAUGGGUCACAUCGAGGCUUCCAUGCCAUAGAUCUAGAUACAUCGACUGUAUUUGAUCUGUACAUUCCUUCCAUGUAUAACAGGGGUCAGAACCAAGCUCCUUUGACUCCACACACCAUUGUCAUACUGCCAGAGUCCAACGGAAUGCAGUUACUUCUCUGUUACGACAAUGAAGGUGUUUAUGUAGAUGCCAAUGGAAAGAUUGCCAAGAACAUGGUGCUGCAAUGGGGAGAGUUACCAACAUCAGUGGCUUACAUCAGCACAGGGCAGAUUAUGGGCUGGGGCCACAAAGCAAUAGAAAUCCGCGCAGCCGAGACGGGGCAUUUAGACGGAGUAUUUAUGCACAAGAAGGCUCAAAAACUGAAGUUCCUUUGUGAAAGAAAUGAUAAGGUAUUUUUCUCCUCUAUACGAUCCGGUUCUACAUGCCAAAUAUACUUUAUGACACUGAACAAACCAGGACUGACUAACUGGUGAAAAAAAAACAAACUUCAGAAUGACUCAACAGAAUAUAACUGAGGAAAAUACAACGAACUGCUUAACUUGGUCCAGAAGAUAAAUCUUGGAGACUCUGAUCACUAGACACAGACAGGGUUUCCAAAAAAAAGCAUUCAUUGUGUUUGGCGAAGAAGAGAGUUUAUUUCUAACUCCACCAUCAUUGCUCAGCAAAGCAACACCAACAAAGAGACAGAACGGUUACUUUUUAUUAACAUUUCCAAGAAAGAAAAUGACAUUUGGAAGAUUUAAUGGACAUAAGGGCCCUGAGUAUAUUAAGUGCAAAUAGCUUACUUGCAUUCAGCAAAAGAAUAGGGAUUUACAUCUUAUUUAUUAGGUCAAGGGAGAUUUUCUCUGGGUGACAUUUCUUAGGCCAAAAGAAUAUUCUGUGAAGUGCCCAUUUCACAGUAGCCUGUGACAGGGUGAUACAAGACACCAAUUACUCAUUCCACCAAAUAAAGAGAUUCAAAUGUUUGUUUGUUUAGUGGUCAUGACAGUAAAGGUGAACAGUAACCAGUGCUUAUUGAUAAGACAAUGUCUCCACUGCCAUUACGUUUAUCAUGUCUGAAGAUUGCCCCCUCAAUCCACCUCUCAUCGAUUGGUUGGAAAUGAUGCCAUGGAGCUCUUUCAGGUCCUCCACAUUGUAUCCUGUUUGGAUGUGAUUGGUUUUGAAAUUCUGAAAUCUGAGUGAAGUUGUGUCUGAAAACUGCUUAUUAUGAAAAGGUUUUAUAUUUGGAAAGCUGAUUCUUUCUCAGAAAAAAAAAAGAAAUCUGUGUAAAUGCUGAGCACUUGAUGUAGUGUACACUUGGGCUGUACAUUGCCUCCCAGAGGAAUGAAGUGAUAAGCAAAGGCGCAAAUCAGAUGUUCAAACCAUCCUCUCUUCAUUAAGACAGGGUUAAGGGACAGUAUAAAGUAAUAGUGGGUGAAAUGUGAAUACCAAUUGUAACUGAAUCUCAUCAGGACCCAGUAAAGUGUCACAACAAUAUUUAGCAGCAACAUUGUAUCAUAGUCAGUGUUAAAACUGACCUCAAUUAUAAUGUAAUGAUACAUUGUAUCAUUAUUUCAUUAUGGAUGUUUCUACAGCAAGGUAAAAAGUGUAUGUCACUGUCUAGAACAGUUAAUAUGCAACCGAGUGUCAGGAGUCUUGCUGGCUUUGAAUUCAACAACCCGUAUAGAAAGAUGGCCAUGUGAAGAUGCUUUUGGUGCUGAAAAUGUUUAAAUGAAUGAGAUUGAACUAUUUUCCAGUUUUAUGUAUAGAUUAUAGCUUUAUAUCUGAUAUGUAAUGUCAAGAUUUUAAGAGUCUGUGUAAAUGUGCCAGUAGUCAUAGAGUGUUUUGGUUCAAGCACAUUAUCUUCAACAAUGGGCAAAUUUAAUUGAUCUCUUACCACAAUGUAAUUAGUUGCCAAAUAUUUACUAUUUCAUUAUAGGUUUGUUACUUCAUUCAUAUAACAAUGUACUUUAAGUUUAGAUAUAACUUGUUGUCCUGGUAAGCUACAUAUUUUGUAUCUGCAGGUUAUAAGGUUGUCAUAUACAGAUAUGCACUGGGUAUGAACCAUAGCUUGUUACAGCAAAUUUGCUAACAUUUUUUUGGAAAAUUUGCAAAAUAUGUGACAAAAUGGUGUGCAAGAUGCAUUUUAUUUUGGUUUUGGCAAGUUUUUGAAGCAGGAAAUUCAGAACAUAAAAUUAAUUGUCUCUUCCAUCUGUUGCAUUAAGUUUCUGACAGCAUGAAUAGAAAUUCGUUCUUCGGCUUCUCUUGUCAGGUCAGCGCCAUCUCACGUUAGUAUUUAUAUUUCACAGUCAAGGUCAUUAGUUUGGUGAAGGUGACGGUCCCUUGGAUGGUUCAAGACGUCCAGGAAAACAAUUUGCUUACAGCUUUCGCACUGAAUUUUUUACCAUUUUUUUAAUGGAACGCCAUUAAGCAAGAUCUUCAUUUGCAACAUUUUGCUUUUUCUUCGUCUGAGGUCAUAUGUUAAAUGUAAAGGAUAUGUAUUUGGUAAAAUAUGCUUAAAAAUGUACAGGCAUUUCUGAACUGGUACUUGUAACUAUCAAUGAAUAUAAAUAAAUAUUUAAUAUAAAGCUCCAUUGA